AUGAGAAGAAAAAGCAAACAUACUCAGCAACAGUCAUCAUCUUCAACAGAAGAAACGCUUGCUACACCAUCGAAUUAUAGACAACAAAUGCAAUUACUUGAAAUUAACGAUCAAUUACGUAUUAUGAAUAAUCAAUCACCAUUAUUAACAACAACAAAUGAUACUCCCACCUUAAUGGAACAAUCUGAUAGUUCAAGAGAAGAUAAUCAAUCAUAA